AUGCUCAAUCACCUCGCAUUAGUGCUGCUUUCGCUGAGCACUGGUACCAUAUUGGGCGACAAUCAGACGGCGGUAGCCACCCGUCUCCCUCGACGUCGCUACUCCCAGCCUCGCUUCCCUCUCGACGUCGUCGUCGGGCUACCGGAGCAGGAGGGGAAUCGCCUUCGGAAUCCGUUCCGUCUCACCAUCGGCAAGUCUCAGCCCGUGUUCGACGUCGCCGUUGAAGACAUCUACACCAAACGACAGCUUCUACCGUCAGAUUCACUCAGAAUCACGUACGAAGACACCAAGCUGAGCGAUGCCGUUGGUCCUCAGAAAUUCGUCGACCGCUACUGCUCGCGUACGGUGGAUGCGGUGAUGGGGCUGGCGUAUGUGUUCUCUUUGGCUCCAGUAGCUCGAAUGAGUCAGUACUGGGAGCAAGGCGUGCCCGUCUUCACCACCAGUGCCAUGGUCGACGAGUUAGGAGAUCGUCAGGCGUUCCCUCUUCUCACACGGCUUAUGGGCACGUACAGAACGUUGGCUCGGAUGGUGCUGCGCAUCGUGGAGGAGUUCCAAUGGAGACAGUUCCACUUCUUCUUCAACGACCAGGCCGUGCACGGCUCCAGCCAGGGACGGUCGGAGUGUUUCUUCUCGCUGAACGCCAUCAAGAACGUCUUCAACAACGAGGACCACAUCAAGUGGACGGUGGAGAUGUUCAGCGAGCAGACCGCCGACCGCGCCCGCUUCCGGAUCCUGCUACAGAAGGCGUCGAUGCUGACGAACAGUACGUAACCGGAUAUGGUUGUUUACUUUGGCGCUUUAUUGGUUUUAUAACAAAUCUUUGUCUGGCUAUGUACAACAACACAUGCAUUUAACUGUCCCGUACAACUUUAACUUAAUGUCAACAUAACAGAGUUUGAGCGGAAAAACAAUCCUCCCCUCCCCCCCCUCUGCCUCCAAAUUUCAUUAAAUUUGCAAGGUGCCUGUUGGUCUCAUGAGGACUAGCGACUGCUGACAAGCUAACAUAACACUGUUCAGUGGUUGUGUUAGUACUUGAGUGAUCCCGAUAGUACUUUAAUUUUAAAAUCAAAUUUAAAUGAUUUUAAAACUUUCAAAAUAAUAAUUUAAAUGUGCACUUUUAAUCUUCCAUGCUCUAAUAUGACCUUGUUUCAGUGAUUAUACUAUGUGCCAGUCCGGACACAGUACGCGAGAUCAUGCUGUCAGCUCACGACCUGGGAAUGGCGACGUCAGGUGAGUAUGUGUUCAUCAACAUUGACGUCUCGACCGGUUCCCACGCCGAGAAGCCCUGGAUUCGGACCAACGACACCAACUCUCCAGAGAAUGAAAAGGCCAAAGAGGCCUACAAAGCCCUUAAGACCAUCUCUUUGAGGAGAAGCGACCUCGACGAGUACAAGAACUUUGAAUCUCGGGUCAAAGAGAGAGCUGAGAAGAAGUACAACUACUCGGCCAAGACCGGCAAGGAGUAUGAAGUGAGUGUGCUACUUUUUUAUAUUGUAGUAGUGAUUAAUUGUUAUUGUUUCUAUUUCUUUGUAUUUCAGAUGAACAACUUCAUCAGCGCCUUCUACGACGCCGUCCUUCUCUAUGCCAUCGCCUUAAACGAAACCCUGGCAGAAGGUCUCGACCCUCGGAACGGUCGGAACAUCACGUCCAAGAUGUGGAACCGCACUUUCGUCGGAAUCACGGGCAAUGUCUCCAUCGACCAGAACGGCGACCGAUACUCGGACUACUCACUGCUGGACCUGGAUCCGAAGCAGAACAAGUUCGUGGAGGUGGCCUACUACUCGGGUGCGUCGAAUGAACUCAAGCAGAUGACUGACUUCCAUUGGGUCGGAGGUCAGCCACCUAAGGACUCCCCAAUCUGUGGCUGGGACAAGUCCAAGUGUCCCAAAGGGCUGUCGUUCCAUCAGAUCUUGUUGAUGAUAGCUGGAGGAGUGAUAUUCAUCCUUCUGGCGUUGUUCUUCUGGCUUUACAGGUGAGUUGGGGUGGUGAGGCGUCUGAAAAUUGGUGUUUUAGGUAACAAUAACAUUAUAACUGUCAACUACAUUCCUUACGUCUAUUAUUAUAUUGUAAUACAUCUAUAAUAUUAUUUUACAUUUAAAACCAUGUUAUUUAACAUUUAUUAAACACUAUUUAACACUCAUACAUUCUUUCUUUAGACGUUACCGCUUGGAAGCCGAACUAGCGGCCAUGAGCUGGAAGAUUCGCUGGGAAGAACUGGACGGUGAUGAGAUGAAGAAGGAGAAGAAGCGGAAACAACAACGGUCACGGAAGGCCGACGUCUACAGUCCUGUAGAACAAACUGAAGCCUUGUUACGAUCCAAUUCUAGGUCUUCAAUCGGCAGUGACAAAGUGAGUAAACACUGAAAAUAGGGAUAGUUGAAGUUAAGCGUUUUGUUUUAAUAUUAUCAUAAAAACACUAUAAAACAUAUUUUGUUACCUUUUUGUGCCUUCAAGAAAUGUUUUCGCUGAAAAUUUAAAUUAGUGUGGGAGCAGCUCGGAUACUAUAGUGUUGCAGCCUGCGCGCAAUUUUAUGAUAAAGAUAAAAAAUACUCAAAAUAAUAAUAAUUGAAGCUAUUUUAUGAUUAACAUAUAGGUAACAUCACAAUUAAAUUUUUCUUGUUUUACUAAUCUUCAAUCUUACAAACUCAACAAAAACUAAUUUACAUGAAUAACCUUAGUAACUGAAAAACAUACCACAAUCUCACAGUCGUUUCAGAGAAGCUCAUCGUCCGGUGCUACACGCAAGAUCUCGGCAAUUAUCGACCGGAAGUUCAGUGUUUUCACGAGGAAAAAGUCGUCGCCGUUGGAGAACAACAGGAACAUGGAGAACAAUCACACGGGAUUUCCUCAGAUCGACGAGGAACGCAACAUAUCAUCUCCUUCUAACUCCAACUCCACCAAGAAGAAGACCAGCACCGAGGAGGACUUCGACGUUAACACCAAGAAGUCCGUCUCAUUGAGGAAUCGCAAGUUCUCCUUCGGGGCUUUUAGUAUGAAGGUAGGUCUUAACAAGCAUGUUUUCUUGAGUAAUCUUUAUAUUAUUCACAUUUUUAUACGUUAAGUUUAUUGAAAGUUCAUUUUACUAGUAUUUCUGUCAAUUUGAUUCAUAUUAACCAUGGUCUGUUCAGUCAGGAGGAUCGGUGGAGACGAUUCAGAUGCAAAACAAUGCUCAAAUCUUCACCAAGACCGCUCAGUACCGUGGCCAGAUGGUCGCCGUCAAGAUGCUACGAAUCAACCUGCCGAAGAUCGAGUUCGACCGUCGAACUCUUCUGGAGUUUAAGACCAUCAAAGACCUUCAGCAUGAACAUAUUACUCGGUUCUUCGGUGCUUGUAUCGACCCUCCCAACACCUGUAUUGUGACAGAAUACUGCCCCAAGGGGUCGUUGGAGGAUAUUCUGGAGAACGAGAAGAUCAAGCUGGACAAUAUGAUGAAGUACUCGUUGUUGCACGAUCUGGUCAAGGGCAUGUACUUCCUUCACAACAGCGACAUCAAGUCGCACGGUAAACUCAAGACCUCGAACUGUGUGGUGGACUCGAGGUUCGUGCUCAAGGUCACGGACUUUGGCUUGACCAAGUUCAGAGCUUUGGAAGAAGUGACGCCAGAAGAACGAGAAACCCACGCCUUCUCCAGAAGUACGUUUGUUAGUUAUAUACUUUGAAAUGCAAUAUUAUAUACUUUUUAUCUAUAACAACAAGGUGAUUUACUUACACUAACAUUAAAAGAUAAAGUUGACCUAACAUUAUAUUUAUGACGUAAAAAAGCAGAGUAAGUUAACAUAUUACUUGCAGAACAACUCUGGACAGCUCCAGAACUUCUCCGUGAAGGUAACCACCCAGAGAACGGUACUCCGAAGGGUGAUGUAUACAGUUUCGCCUUGAUUCUGCACGAAAUGGUCUUCAGAAAGGGCGCCUUCUAUCGUGGAGAUGACGAGUUCCCUGAUCCUCAAGGUAUGUCAUCUACUUUUGAGUCAAAAUCAAACUCAAUAUAAGCAUAACUGUAAAGUCAUACUAGAAUAUCAUACUAUAAAACCGUACUAUAAUAUACGAUACUAUAAUAUCAGAAGGUAGUACUGCUUGACAUCAAUUUAACUUUACCACUUCAGAGAUUCUGGAGCGCGUGAAGAGGAAACCGCUUUGUGAGGACGAUUGGUAUCGACCGGUCACAACAGAAGACAUGAUGGAAGACGAAGGCAACAACAACGACGACACUCGCAAGUUGGUCGAUCUGAUGAUCAACUGCUGGAGCGAGAAUCCCCACGAUCGGCCGGAGUUCAGCGUGAUCCGUAAAAUUGUACAUACUUUAAACAAGUAAGUGCUCAUGACAUGUUUUAGUAGGUGAUACUUUGCUGCAAAACCGUAUCUUGUAGAUAUACAGUUGUUAACAUAGUGUUAUACAAAUUAACCUUUUUACAUUGCAGAGAGAACGAAACCUCGAAUCUGGUGGACAACUUGCUGAAGCGUAUGGAACAGUAUGCCACCAACUUGGAAGGUCUAGUAGAGGAACGAACUCAGGAAUACCUGGCCGAGAAGAAGAAGGUCGAGGAGCUGCUACAUCAACUUCUGCCCCCAACUGUAGCCGACCAGCUGAUGUCAGGGCGAAGUGUUCAGCCAGAGACAUACGAUUGUGUCACCAUCUACUUCUCUGACAUCGUGGGCUUCACUUCACUGUCUUCGGCUUCCACUGCUAUGCAGGUAGGUCAGAGGGAACAAACAGUAAAAUGACCAUAGUCUUAUUGUACCUUAGAAUUGGUUAGGUUAUAAACAUAUCUUUAGCUUACUUUUUGCAUGUUUUCUCGUCAAAACUAUUUUUUUGUUUUAGGUAGUUACUCUUCUCAACGAUCUAUACCUGGCAUUUGACGGUGUCGUCGACAACUUCAAGGUCUAUAAAGUCGAAACUAUCGGUAAGUAAUGUUGCAUGACAUAUGAUUAGGGGCCAGUUACUCGUUGUAUAUUUUAGGUAUACCUUUCUCACUUAUACAAUUUAAUUAACUUGAAAAAACUGCUGACCUUACUGUUUAGGAGACGCUUACAUGGUGGUAUCUGGUCUACCUGAACGUCGUGAAGAUCAUGCUUCUCAGAUCGGUCAGAUGUCGCUGGCUUUGCUGCACAAGGUCAAGACGUUCACCAUCAAACAUCGACCAGGAGAGCAGCUCAAGCUCAGAAUCGGAAUGCAUUCAGGUUCGUCUUAACACUUGAAUACUGUAGCAUUAUGGCUCCAGGACUGUUUAUGUAUAUUUAUAAAUUAUACAAGAGUUUUAGAGUCUUUAUAAGCAAUUGUCAGUAGUUUUGAUAUGGGUAACAUAAUUAUAGCCUAAUGAAUAUUGGUUUCAGGUUCGGUCGCGGCCGGUGUUGUGGGCUCUAAAAUGCCACGGUACUGUCUGUUUGGGGAUACUGUAAACACGUCGAGCAGAAUGGAAUCGAACGGAUUGCGUAGGUUUAUUAUCAUUUUUCAUCUUCUAAUUGACCUUACUUUGGUCAAAAAGUGGAAAGAAUGUUAUUUGAACGUUUUGCCAUUUUUUAUUAAACAUUCUUAUGAGUUUAAAAUUUAAAAAAAAAACUAAAUACUGAUUGAAAAGAGAUGUAUUACUGUCCCCGUUUCAGCUCUACGUAUCCACGUUUCGUCCGACACGAAGGACAUUCUAAGUCAAGAUCCCGACUUCCGCCUGGAGCUGCGCGGAGAGGUCGAGAUGAAAGGCAAAGGGAAACAGACCACCUACUGGCUCAAGGGCUACAAGGACGUCAAUAUACCGGACUUUGGUCCCGAAUACCGGUAA